AUGAAAGCAAAUGCGAUUACCCUGAGAAGGAAGGGGAAAUCGUUGCUAAAUGGGGAAAGUUCAAGCCAGAUGAGAGGAGAGGAGGGAGUUCCUGAAGGCCAAGCAAGUCCAACGUGGUCAAGCCUAAGUGGAGAUGAGAACCGAGUUUCCGUGCCGACUGAAAUCCUACGCUACGAGGAGGAUUUUCCUGAAGGCCAGUCAAGUCCUUCACUUGAGUACCUAAAUAGAGAGGAGUACCAAGUUCCUGCUCCAACCGAAAGCCUAUGGCAUGAGGAAUUUCAGCAUGAUUAUUCGCUUUUUUCAGAUCAACAUUCGUUGAAACUUAUUCAGCGCCGUCUUGAGGAAGGGCGUGGAAUAGAAAGACAUGGAGGUCGGAGUUCAUCCAUAUGCAUCUUUCCAUUUCCUCAUAGCUUUGACAAAAUAAAUCCUAACACUUACCAACCUGAGCUCGUGUCAUUAGGCCCUUACCACAGGGGCAAAGAUCAUGUACUGGAGUUUGAAGAUCACAAGUGGUUCUUCCUUGAUAAGCUUCUUUCUCGAUCAAGAACUCAUUUAAGCAACUAUCUUGGUGCAUUAAAAUUAAACGAAAGGUCCAUAAGAGACUGCUACUCAGAGACUAUCUCUAUGUCAAGUCAUGACUUUGUUGAAAUGAUGUUGCUUGACAGUUGCUUUGUUCUUGAACUUCUCCGAAAUCUCAACCAUAGUGAAGAUAUGAUUGAUGAGGGUGACCCCAUCUUCACAAGGCCUUGGUUGAUCCCGAUUCUAAUCAGGGAUCUCCUUAAGUUUGAGAACCAACUUCCCUAUUUCCUUCUCCACUUAAUUUUCAACUUGUCUGGCGGUAAUGGAGAUAUAAAACUAAAACCAGAUCCUCUACCGAUACUUGCAUUAAAAGCCAUUGAUCUAGUCUUUCCAAGACGUGCAGAAAUCCUGAACAAGUUCAGAUCCUGGCAUGGUAAGCAUUUACUUGACCUAUUCCACUUGAGCCUCCUUCCCACAGAUCAGGUCAUCAUUUGCAUUGAUUUAGAGGAAUACCAUCCAUCAGACCAGUCAAUUCAAGGUGUCACGCAGCUUAGGCCAUCAGGAAUCAAGUUUCGUCUGAGAAAGUGCGAUAGCUUCCUGGAUAUAAACUUCCGAAAUUGUGUACUUGAAAUUCCAUCCGUCACCAUUAAUGACUUCACAAGCACCGUCCUCGUAAACUGUGUUGCCCUAGAACACGGCGAGGAAAAGAGAUCCAAAUACUUCAACGAUUAUGUUUCUUUCAUGAAUUGUCUCAUUAACCAACCGAGAGAUGUUACUUUUCUUUGUUCAGAAGGGAUCAUCACAAGAUUCUCCCAAGAUGACCAAUACGUGGCCGAUCUCUUCAACACUCUAGGGAAAAAUGUUGCUUGCAAUAUUUGA